UAUUGCAAAAAUUGUUCUUUCCGGCUGAACUCUCGCAAAGUCAACACGUUUCUAAGCGUUUUCUCACAAAAAAUACCCAUUUUUCUGUGAAAAAUCCACUUGUGGCAGCUGAAAGAUGAACUGAAGGUGUCCCUUAAAGAAUCCCGGCGUCAUUGAAGAAUCUACAGUAUGUAUCUGUACAAUUUGACCCUUCAGAAGGCCACGGGGAUCACCCAUGCGGUCCAUGGAAGCUUCUCUGGCCAGAAAAUCCAAGAGAUUCUUAUAUCACGUGGCAAGAGUUUGGAACUCUUGCGCCCAGAUCCCAAUACCGGAAAGAUUCACACGCUCCUUACCACUGAAGUGUUUGGCGUCAUUCGCUCUCUAAUCGCUUUCCGGCUGACGGGAGGAACUAAAGAUUACGCAAUUGUGGGCUCAGAUUCUGGGCGUGUGGUAAUUUUGGAGUAUAUCCCAGCGAAGAAUAUCCUGGAGAAGGUGCAUCAGGAGACAUUUGGCAAGUCAGGAUGUCGCAGAAUCGUUCCUGGUCAAUAUUCAGCAAUUGAUCCCAAAGGACGAGCUGUGAUGAUUGGUGCCAUUGAGAAGCAGAAGCUCGUUUAUAUCCUCAACAGAGAUUCCGAAGCACGUUUGACUAUUUCUUCGCCCCUGGAAGCACACAAGUCCAACACCCUGUGCUACCACAUGGUUGGCGUUGAUGUUGGCUACGAGAAUCCCAUGUUUGCCUGCCUCGAAAUUGACUACGAAGAAGCUGAUUCGGAUCCAACUGGUGAAGUUGCCCAGAAGACUCAGCAAACACUGACAUUUUAUGAGUUGGAUUUGGGACUCAAUCAUGUUGUCCGGAAGUAUUCUGAGCCCCUGGAGGAACACGCGAACUUCCUGAUUUCCGUGCCGGGAGGGAAUGAUGGACCGAGUGGAGUGUUGAUUUGCUCAGAGAAUUAUCUGACGUACAAGAAUUUGGGUGAUCAACAUGAUAUCCGAUGUCCAAUACCGCGUCGUCGGAAUGAUUUGGAUGAUCCUGAGAGGGGUAUGAUCUUCAUCUGUUCAGCUACUCAUCGCACAAAGUCCAUGUACUUCUUCCUGGUGCAGACAGAGCAGGGAGAUAUCUUCAAGGUGACCCUGGAGACGGAUGAUGAUGUUGUGUCGGAGAUUAAGUUGAAGUACUUUGACACAGUUCCUCCGGCGACGACAAUGUGCGUGAUGAAGACGGGAUUUCUGUUUGUGGCUUGCGAAUUCGGCAAUCACUAUCUCUAUCAAAUUGCUCACCUUGGAGAUGAUGAUGAUGAACCAGAAUUCAGUUCGGCAAUGCCACUGGAGGAGGGAGAUACUUUCUUCUUUGCUCCGCGUCCACUGAAAAAUCUUGUGUUGGUCGAUGAGAUGCCCUCCUACGCUCCGAUUCUCGGCUGUCAAGUGGCAGAUCUUGCCAAUGAAGACACCCCUCAGUUGUAUUUGAUGUGCGGGCGAGGACCAAGAUCUUCCAUUAGGGUGCUCAGACAUGGAUUGGAAGUGUCUGAAAUGGCUGUUUCAGAACUUCCUGGAAAUCCCAAUGCCGUGUGGACUGUGAAGAAACGAAUUGAUGAUGAGUACGAUGCCUACAUUAUUGUAUCCUUCGUGAAUGCCACUCUUGUCUUGAGCAUUGGCGAUACGGUUGAAGAAGUCACAGACAGUGGAUUCCUGGGAACAACUCCAACGCUCAGUUGCUCUUCUCUCGGAGACGAUGCUCUUGUUCAGGUGUAUCCGGAUGGUAUUCGUCACAUUAGGGCAGAUAAGCGAGUGAAUGAAUGGAAGGCGCCUGGGAAGAAGACAAUUGUUAAGUGUGCAGUGAAUCAGCGUCAAGUGGUGAUUGCCCUUUCGGGCGGGGAAUUGGUGUACUUUGAGAUGGAUCCAACGGGACAAUUGAAUGAGUACACGGAACGGAAGAAGAUGCCAUCGGAUGUGAUGUGCAUGGCUCUGGGUACAGUUCCGCCGGGAGAACAGCGUUCGUGGUUCUUGGCUGUUGGUCUGGCGGACAAUACUGUUAGGAUUAUUUCUCUUGAUCCUUCAGAUUGUCUCUCCCCGAGGUCAAUGCAGGCUCUGCCAUCGGCAGCAGAGUCACUUUGCUUGGUGGAAAUGGGAUCAGCUGAGAGUAGUAGUAGUCAGGAAGAUGGAGUUUCAACUGCGACAGGGUCGAUUUACUUGAAUAUUGGAUUGAACAAUGGGGUUUUGUUGAGAACUGUCCUCGAUCCGGUUUCUGGUGACUUGGCGGAUACGAGAACGAGAUAUUUAGGAUCGAGACCGGUGAAGUUGUUUAGGAUUAAGAUGCAGGGAUCUGAAGCUGUCUUGGCUAUGUCUAGUAGAACAUGGUUGAGCUAUUACUAUCAGAAUCGUUUCCACUUGACGCCGUUGUCGUAUGAAACGUUGGAAUAUGCUUCAGGGUUUUCCAGUGAGCAGUGUUCGGAGGGAAUUGUUGCCAUUUCGACGAAUACUCUGAGAAUUUUGGCUUUGGAGAAGUUGGGAGCUGUUUUCAAUCAAAUAACCUUUCCACUUGAAUAUACCCCGAGGAGAUUUGCCAUUCAUCCGGAUACUGGGAGGUUGUUGGUGUCAGAAACUGAUCACAAUGCGUAUACUGAAGAGACAAAGACUCUGAGGAAGAAACAGAUGGCGGAUGAGAUGAGGGAGGCAGCUGGAGAGGAUGAACAGGAGUUGGCUAAUGAAAUGGCCGAUGCUUUUAUCAAUGAAGUCUUGCCGGAGGAUGUUUUUUCCGCUCCAAAAGCCGGACAGACAAUGUGGGCAUCGCAGAUUAGGAUUAUGGAUCCCAUUCAUGGUCAUACGAUCCACAAAGUGCCCCUAGGGCAGAAUGAAGCCAUUAUGUCAAUGGCUCUGACUAAAUUCCAUGCAGCUGGAGAUGGAAGGUAUUACCUGGCUGUUGGGAUAACGAAGGAACUUCAGUUGAAUCCAAGAAUCUCAGGAAAUGGUUACAUUGACAUUUAUCGAGUGGAUUCUUCCUGCAAUUCCUUCGAAUUUGUCCACAGGACAGAGAUUGAUGAUGUUCCUGGAGCUCUAGCUAGUUUCCAGGGACGGCUUCUGGCAGGAGUCGGACGAGUACUGCGCGUUUAUGAUCUCGGCAAGAAGAAACUCCUCAGAAAGUGUGAGAAUAAGCACAUUCCCAACAAUGUUGUCAACAUUCAAACAAUGGGACAUCGGAUUUAUGCAUCUGAUGUCCAGGAAUCUGUCUUCUUCCUCAAGUACAAACGAGCAGAAAAUCAAUUGAUCAUCUUUGCUGAUGAUACUCAUCCAAGAUGGAUCACAGCAACAACUCUCCUUGAUUACGACACCAUCGCAACAGCCGAUAAAUUUGGCAAUCUCUCAAUCCUUCGACUGCCCCAUUCUGUCACCGAUGACGUCGAUGAGGAUCCCACAGGGAAUAAAUCCCUGUGGGAUCGUGGUCUGCUCAGUGGAGCUUCACAGAAGGCAGAAAAUGUGUCAACUUUUCACGUUGGUGAAGUGGUAAUGUCCCUGCAGAAAGCCACACUCAUCCCAGGAGGUUCAGAAUCCCUUCUCUAUGCCACUCUCAGUGGAACUGUUGGAGCCCUUGUGCCCUUUACCAGUCGCGAGGAUUUUGACUUUUUCCAGCAUCUGGAGAUGCACAUGAGAAAUGAAAAUCCUCCACUCUGUGGAAGGGAUCAUCUCAGCUAUCGCAGUUACUACUAUCCCGUCAAGAAUGUCAUGGAUGGAGAUCUCUGUGAGCAAUUUACAUCCCUGGAGCCAAGCAAACAGAAAAAUAUCGCAUCAGACUUGGGAAGGAUCCCCAGUGAAGUGGCUAAGAAGCUAGAAGACAUCCGGACGCGAUAUGCCUUCUAAAACACUUACAAAGCUAUUGGUGAAGGAAAUAUCGUCAAAAGAGAGUAUUUGGAUCCAUUUCUUUGGAAAGAAUGUUAGUCUAAGGUGAGAAAUCCUCUAGUUUUUUUUUUGUAAUUUAAUUAAUUUCUAGAAAGACUUUCAUGAUGCAACUUCUUGGGACACCUUUGAGUUUAAAGUCUGAAAAUAUCUACAAGAUAACUGAAAAUAUUCACUGAGAAAAAAUUGAUAUUUUUUUUAUUAAGUCGUCCCAUUAAAAGUUAUUUAUUUAUUUUUUGUAGAUGCUGACGUUGAGUUGCGGUAGAAUUAUUUAUAAAUAAUAAAAAAUCAGUAAGUAUUUGAAUUAAAAAAGAAUAAAAACUUUUACUAUAGACCAAGAAGAAGAAGAAUGAAAAGAAAAGAAUAAAUUUGUGAGAAUUGCGAAA